AUGGCCUGGUCCCAGGUCUCCCCUCGCCGCUGGGAGCGCCGCAUCGAUGGUCUGGAUGGCUUCUGCGCCCAUAUUGCAUCAGUCUCGGCCUCCCUGUACAAUGGCCAACAUCACUUGACCACGUUCAACAAACUCCAGCUGGAGCUGAACAUGCCGGCCGCCGACCUGGAGGCAUCCCUGAAGCGGGCCUGGAUACAGCUGCGAUCAACCUUCAUCGUCUCGGUAGCGACAGAUGGGGAUGAGCUGCACCCUACAGUGCCACCUAUUGCACAAACCACGCUCUACUAUUUACCCACCACUUCUGAAUUGAUCCUGCGUGCUCCCCACCAUUUGCUCGAUGGCACCGGCAUUAUGCGACUGUGGGAUCGCUUUCUAGGCAUCCUCGUGUCUCCUCCCGAGGCGACAAAGAUCACCUUUCCGGAUGAGCCCUCCUGGUUGCCGCCCUCCCUCAGCGAGGUGCUCGGGGUGCCUGAUGAGCCCACCCCCGAGCAGAGGGCGAUGAUCAUGGAGAUGUUCCGGCCGUAUCAGGAACAUGGCCCUGGAAUCGGUCCCAUCUCCAACCUCGGCAGUCGUCCGGCGGGUUACUGUCGCCACGCGAAGCUGGUGGUGCCCCCACAUAUUACCCAGGCCAUCAUCCAGGCCUGCAAGGCCAAGGGCAUCAGCGUCUCCUCUGCCAUCCAAGCAGCCUACAUCCAAACGAUCAAGCAGCACGCCGAUCCCAACCACCCGUCCUCUCAUUACAUCACGACCGCACAAUUCAAUGUCCGUCCCUACCUGCCACCGCAGGCAGCUCAACACGCCGCCUCGCUCUAUCUCAUAUAG